AUGCGUGACUCUGGUCUCGUGGCGGAGUCACUUGGCUCGGAAAAUGUCGACGGAUUGUCGACGUCUUGCUUUGCAGGUUCUCUGUCGUGCCAUCCGCUAGCAGAGACUUGGCAGAGCCGUGUCGUCGUGCCGGGGUUUACGUCCAGCAGAGCAAACACUGAACACCCUCGUAGGAAGUCGUUGAAGCAGUCGUUGAACGACUCGUUCGUCCGCAAAUUCCUCAUUCGAUUUGUACUCGCGAUCUGCUGCGACUUCAACAUGACAUGGUACUCGUUGCUACAGGUAGUGUCACCUGCAUCCAUUGCCGACACCUCCGGGGUCAGUACGAUUGAGGUCUCACUACAACGCUGA